AACUCCAGCCAUCCAUCUGCAUUUAAUUAGCGGGCUCUAUUUUUGGUAUUUUUUAGCAUUCCACAGUACUAAUCCAAAAUGAUGACAUAGCAGCUCUCUAGCAGUAUCCACCUCUCUCACUGUUAUUGUCAGCAUUGGGGCACGGAAGUCUGGCAGCUUCCUCUUUCUCCAGAGACCCAAGAGAACUGCACUUAUUAUUUGAUUCUUGUCCUCUUUGUCUCUCUCUCUCUCUCCCCUCUCAUUCUUUUGGAAUUAGGAAACCACAAGGCUCCCAGCUAAAGCAGUAUCGUACACUCACUCCUAAGAUGAAGCUCAUUCAACUUCCUAUAUUCGCUUUGCUGGUCAGCUGCAUACUUUGUCAGUAUGACUAUGAUUCAUUCUUUGGUUAUUAUCCAGCAAACCAAGCAGGUCUUCCAUAUCCAGUCUGCUCGGUUGAGUGUGAGUGUCCCUACACCUUCCCCACUGCCAUGUACUGCAAUGACCGCAAGCUUAAAACAAUCCCAACCGUGCCAGCACAGAUAAAGUAUGUUUACCUCCAAAACAACCAGCUCACGGGCAUUCCAAUCAAUGCUUUCGAAAACGCCACCGACUUGCGAUGGAUUAUCCUCGACAACAAUCAGAUCGUCAACGAGCAGGUAGGCAAGAAAGUCUUCUCAAAGCUAAAGUCUUUACAGAGGUUGUAUAUCAACAGGAACAACCUGACAGAAGUCAUCCCCUCCCUGCCAAAGUCAUUGAUAGAGCUGAAAAUGUCGUCAAACCAGAUCUCGAAGAUUGGAAACGGCUUAAAAGGACUUGAAAAUCUGACUACGCUGGUACUGGAAGGCAACAAGUUGAAAGAUGUCGGCGGAGCACUGGGCAAUUUGAAGUCACUGAUGUUUGUUGACUUGAGUAUGAACAAAUUAACCAAACUACCUGACGUUCUUCCGCCCGUCAUCGAAAUGCUCUACGUGGAUGACAAUGCCAUUGACAAGAUUCCAAAGGACUACUUCAUUAAAUAUCCCACCUUGCAAUACCUACGCAUGGCAAAUAAUAAAAUAACAGAUGAAGGACUCCCCGACAAAGUCUUCAAUGUCACCUCACUGAUUGAGUUGGAUCUUGCCUUCAAUGAAUUGAAGUCAAUCCCAGUUGUCAACGAAAACCUAGAAAAUCUGUAUCUACAGGCGAAUCAGAUUGAAAAGUUCACCUUGUCUAGCUUCUGUCGUAUAACCACCUCUGUGGAUUUCUCCAGGAUCAAACACCUGCGACUGGAUGGCAAUCAUCUCACCCGUGAAAGCUUACCCAUAGAUAUGUCACAGUGCCUCCGCGUGGCUGGGGACAUUUCAAUCAAUUGAGAAGAAAAUGGCUUGAUUUCAAAUUGUUCACCUAUUAACACAUCAUAUAGUGCAAACCUAACACCUUUAAUUCUUAUAUCGUCACAUAAUCAUAACUUUUCUCUUAACGGCUAAAUAAAAUUGACAAUAUAAUUGAAAAUAAAUUAAUGUUACAGUAGUGUAUGUUAAAGGUUAACGCAAAGUGGCAAGGAAGCAUCCUUUUGAAAUAUAGCGUAUAUGAAUUAUAUUCUUCAGCUGGCUGCACAUUGAAUAACAGUAUUUUUUUUAAAGCUUCCCAGUAAACUGAGUAUGCACAAGUGCAAUGUUAAAACUGAAUUAUGUUACUUCACUGUUGUCUUUGUACAUUGAUUCCAUUAUGUAGAACGCUCUUCUGCUGUUUAAUAGACUACGAGAUAUAUAUUAUAUACGCUACACUUGAGCAAUUGGAACUCUUUAAUUUUUAAAGGCGUAGAAAUGUUAUAAUAAGCUGGAUUUUAUACACACUUUAGCUUUCUGAUAAAUCUGAAUCAAGAUAUAUUUUUCUCAAAAAUCUUAUAGGAAUGUCAUGGGCCAAUGUUGUAACACAAACUGAAUCAAUUUAACACCUUUUCUAUUCGUGAUCAUUUGACUCACAAAACAGGAUCGGAAAUGCUUUAGGAUCUGUAGGAAUUUGUAAAAGAGGGGAUUUAAUUGGGUUUUGCAAUUUAAUUUUGCAUGGAGAUGUUAUGGAAAAAGAAAUGUAAUUUUAAUUACCAAUUAAGCAACUUUCUUCUAUUAUUAUGUACUUCCGUCUAUAUCAUUAAAAACAAAAUAACAGCUUCUAAAAUGUUAAUAAUUUUUCAUAGAUACAAUUAAAUAUUGUAACCUCACCGAUGUUGUAUGUUGUAAAUCGUGCAUGACAUUUAUGCAUCUUCCUCUAAUAACUUGUAUGCAACAUUGAGUUAUAUAUAGGAAAUAAAGCAUAGUUAAUUAA